AUGGCCUCCUUCUACCCUCCGAAACUUCUAGGUUCUUCUGUCCCAGUGGUGAUGUUGACGAUGAUACCCACGAAUCUGCCGUACCAGGCUGAUAUUUACCAUGCUUGUCAACUCUUGAAGGAAGGUGGAUUGAAAGAUGAAAACAUCAUUAUUUUCAUGUAUGAUGACAUCUCAUUCAAUGAAGAGAACCCUAGGCCUGGAAUUAUCAUAAACAGCCCACAUGGCGAAGAUGUUUAUGAAGGUGUACCAAAGGACUAUACUGGAGAAGAUGUUUUUGUUGAUAACUUUUUUGCUGUUAUCCUUGGCAACAAAACGGCUCUUUCAGGGAGUAGUGGGAAGAGUUCAUGUGGGUACAGCAUUGCUGCACAGGCAGCUCUUUUUUUUCACAGCAUCAAGUCUAUGUUUAUGAACAAACCACUCAUCAUUAUCUGCAACAAGACUGACUUGCAGCCAUUGGAGGGUAUAUCAAAAGAAGACAUGAAGUUGGUCAUGCAGAUGAAAGUUGAAGCUAUGAAGACUGUCAUAGGUCAAGGAGGUGAUCCUUUGAAUGACGAAGGGGUGCUGUUGACCAUGAGUACUUUGAUUGAGGAGUGGGUGGUUUCAGUGAAAAACGCAGCUUGUGAGAGGUUAUUGGAUUAG